CAGGUCAGCUGAUUUAAGCUAGUUAGUUUAGCUUUGACUGGAAACUAGCUGCACCGUUUCUUUAAUGCAGGACGCAACUGGUGUAUGAAAAUAAUUGUGGUCAGGAAUAUUUCAGAAUUUAUAUAUUCCCCAUUUGUUUAUUCGUGAAUUAAAUACGCAGAAGCAUGAAAGGUUUGUACUGUCGAGCUGGUGUCAGUGAUGCUGAGCCCAGGUUCAUUAUUCAGGAAACGACUCUCCCAGAUGUCUUGGACCAACAUCAGGUCAGAGUUCAGGUGAAGGCAUGUGGACUCAGCCCACUGGACCUGAAGUUGCUCAGUGACGUGGGGAUCCAGAGGGAUUUAAUUCCUGUUGGCAGAGAGGUGGCUGGGGUCGUCCUUCAAGUUGGCCCCAAGGUCACGUUCUUCCAGCCAGACGAUGAGGUUGUAGGGAUCCUUCCCCUGGACUCUCCGUGCUCUGGACUCUGUGACAUCAUUGACGUCGAUGAACACUAUUUAGUUCAGAAGCCAGAGAAGCUCAGCUCAGUGUCGGUCGCAGGAGCGCUGCGCGACGGCCUUUGUGCUUACACAGCUCUACACACACACGCUCGCAUUUCAGCCGGACACACACUCCUGGUCAUGGAUGGAGCCAGCCCCUUUGGCCUCUUGUGCAUCCAGCUGGCUUGUUAUCAUGGAGUGAAGGUUCUGACGACGUCGCACUCUCCGCAAAAACACACGUUCUUGGAGCAGCUUCGGCCCAGUGUAGGUGUUCAGGAUCCUUUAGUAGCCAGAGUUAUUCCAGUGUAUAAUGGCUCAGACCUGUUGCCAGUGGUCUUGGAGGAGACGGGCGGACUGGGAGUGGAUAUAGUCGUGGACUCUGGAGUUCGUCUGCAUGAGGAGGAGGAGGAGGAGUCAGAGGAGAAGAAAUUACUCCCACAUAAACAUGACAUCAUCAGUGUGCUGGGGGUUGGGGGACACUGGGUCACAGCCCAUCAAGACCUGCAGCUGGAUCCUCCAGAUUGUAGAUCAUUGUAUUUAAAAUCCGCCAAUGUGUCUUUCCUCAACCCUGAAGUCUGGACAGCUUCAUCAGCUCAGCAAGGAAGAUAUCUCCAUAUUCUGAAGGACAUUGUGGAGAAGAUGUCGACUGGGAUACUCCGGCCCCAGCCAGAGGAAGCAGUUCCUCUCUAUGAAGCCACAGUUGCCAUGGAGACCGUACAGCGUCAUCCGAAGAAAAAGGCUGUUGUUCAGCUCUGACCAAAAUAAUUACAUUCUGCAGAGAUGGAGGACGACGCAGCUCAAAGUGGAAUCACAGCAAACCUUCUUUGACUUUACUUGUUGAAUAGCUUUGUUUUGGGCUGAAACUCAUCAGAGCUGCUCUGCUAUUAGGUGAACAUUCUGCUGUCUGUUUGACUUUAAACUGUAUGAAGAAAAAAACUCUUGGUUAUUGAUUAGACCCGAUUAAAAGCUUUUUUUAAUGAAAA